CUCCAGGGAGGGCAGCCCUGCUCUCCACAGCGCCGCCCUCCCUCUCUCUCAGCCCGGCGCCUUCUCCUCCAAAUGGCGCUCACAGCAGCGUCCUGACAGCCGCCCCACAGACGCGCUUUCUCCCGCUGCUCAGAUACACCGCUCCGCCGGCUUCCAGCUCGGUUUUUCUUUACUAGUAUUGCUCCUUGUUUAACGACCGCGCACCUUGGAGGAGGGAGUUUGAUCGUUUUGGAGUUUUUUUUCUCCUCGGUGCAUGAAUGGAGUCGUCCCUGCAGGAUACAGCGAGCGACCCGGGCAGGAGCGGCUCUGAGCCCGCUACACCGCUCACAGAGACGCCGCCGAGCCUGGAGACUCCACGCGACGGAGAGCGCCUGACACCGGCCAGGAGACACAGCAGCUCCGGCUCCAGCUCCUCCGGCUCCAGCCACAGCAAAGGUUUGUCAGCAGUGAAGAAGACACACACAUCUCAGAUUGAAAUCAUCCCCUGUAAGAUCUGUGGAGACAAAUCUUCAGGAAUCCACUACGGAGUGAUCACCUGCGAGGGCUGUAAGGGUUUCUUCAGACGCAGUCAGCAGAGUAACGCCGCCUACUCCUGUCCUCGCCAGAAAAACUGUCUGAUCGACCGAACGAGCAGAAACCGCUGCCAGCACUGCCGUCUGCAGAAAUGUCUGGCUGUGGGCAUGUCCCGAGACGCUGUGAAGUUCGGUCGUAUGUCCAAGAAGCAGCGGGACAGUUUGUACGCUGAGGUGCAGAAACACCGUCUCCAGCAGCAGCAGCAGCAGCAGCAGCAGGGCUCCCUCCUCCUGUCCCACCCAAGCCUCAGCAGCCCCAGCCCGGUCGAGGCCGAGCCGCUGUCCCCCCACUACAGCCUCUCCUCCUCCGGCCUCACAGAGCUCCCUGAUGAACUGGGAGGCUACAUGGAGCAGGACUCCCCUGCAGGAGGAUCAGUGUCAUCCAAGGCGGACUCUGGAGGAGAGGGAGGAGGAGGAGGAGGAGGUGCAUUCUACCUAGACAUCCAGCCGUCUCCGGACCAGUCCGGACUGGAUAUUAACGGCAUCAAACCGGAGCCGCUGUGUGACUAUGGAUCCAGUAACGGCUUCUUCCCAUACUGCUCCUUCAGCAACGGAGACUCACCACCCACCGUGUCCAUGGCCGAACUCGGUGAGACGAAGGGAUCAGAUCAUCUGGUCCAAAUCAUCUCCAAGUCUCACCUGGAGACGUGUCAGUACCUGAGGGAGGAGCUGCAGCAGAUGAGCUGGCAGAACUUCCUGCAGGACGAGGUGGAACGCUACCAGAGCAAGCCUCGGGAGGUGAUGUGGCAGCUCUGUGCCGUGAAGAUCACUGAGGCCAUCCAGUACGUGGUGGAGUUCGCCAAACGUAUCGACGGCUUCAUGGAUCUCUGCCAGAAUGACCAGAUCGUGCUGCUGAAAGCUGGUUCUCUGGAGGUCGUCUUUGUUAGAAUGUGUCGAGUGUUUGACUCGCAGAACAACACCGUUUACUUUGACGGGAAAUUUGCAGGUCCUGAUGUCUUCAAAGCUCUAGGCUGUGAUGAUUUGAUCACAUCAGUGUUUGACUUUGCUAAGAGCAUGUGUUCACUGCACCUGACUGAGGACGAGCUCGCUCUCUUCUCAGCGUUUGUUCUGCUCUCUGCAGACCGGUCAUGGCUGCAGGAGAAGUUGCAGGUGGAGAAGCUGCAGCAGAAGAUUCAGCUGGCUCUGCAGCACGUCCUGCAGAAGAACCAGAGAGAAGACGGAGUCCUCAACAAGCUCAGGUGUAAGGUAUCAGCGUUGCGUUCACUAUGCAGUCGACACACAGAGAAACUGUCAGCCUUCAGAGCCAUUUACCCCGACAUCGUUCGGACGCACUUCCCUCCCCUUUACAAGGAGUUGUUUGGUGCCGACCUCGAACUGACACUGCAGGCCAAUGACUAAACGGAGCCGACCAGCACCGAGCUGCUGGAUUCAGAUGGACCGAGCCCGGUUUGAACAGCAACAGUGGACAGGACAAUGACUUCCGGAGCCAAAGACAGAAACUGUCUGUGAUGUGGCUCUGCACUUUUCCUGACAGCUGAGAAGAGAUCUGAACUCCUCUUCUCCUCAGUCUGUCUUUCUUCACCUCCUCCUCUCAUGGCCCUUGGUUUGGAUCCAGGGAAGAGUCAGAUGGUCUCCCACCAACUGCAUUAGCACACAUCCUCUAUCAAGGAUCUUGGAUCUGGAUCAGAUUCAGCUCUGACAUUAAAAAGCACUUUUCAGUAUUCACACUGAAACCUGGUUUGUUUUUACUUCACCAGACAUCACCUCUUCUUUCACAUGUCCUCGAGAAAAAGCUUUAGCUGGUGAGCUAAUGAGUUAACAGCUCAUAGACGGAUUAUUGAACAGGCCUGUUGUGUAACUCCUGUACAUUUCACAGCUGCUUCUGAACUCACAUUGUCUGCUGCCAUUUUACUUUUUAGUUUUGAGUUUCAGUUUCUGGAGGAGUGGAGAUGGGUGUCUGAAAUCUACACUGGUGGAAACACAAUUUGAACAUCGGGGUGGAAAAUUUAUUAUCCAGGAUAUUUCUGUUUAACUGCGGUCAGCUGGUCUGUCUGAGUCUCUGUUAACUUCUCUUGAUGUCUGUUGAUGCAUCUCUCAGGUUAAAGCAUGGUUCAGAGGUCAAGUGUCGACAGUGUUGAAACUGGACACCAAGCAAUCAUAUUCACAUCUCUUUUUCGGAUGUUUUACUUGAUCAUUAAAGUGGCAAUAGACAACCUUCCUACUUAUUAAUACAACCAGGUGUUUUACUCUGCCUUUAUCACAGCUCUGAGAUCAGUGUUUCUAGAUCAAACUGGGUUUCUUACAGAUAUUUCUUGCUUUGGACAGUAGCCAGGCUGAUCGUAGCAGCCAUGUUGCUAAUGCUAACGCUAGCAGCCAGAAACAAACAGAUGAUUCAUUGUCUGUUUGAUGAUCAGAACUAAUAACACGUUUCCUGGGCAGUAGUGAAACUCACUUCACUCCAACAUUAAAACCACUUGAAAAUCCUGGGGGUUAGGGUUAGUUAGUUAGUUAGGGGAGUGGGGGUCCAUUGCCACUUUAAUUGUCAAAAACCUAAAAGGCUGCAAAUUCAUGUUAUUGACCAGAUUUAAAAAUGAGCCCCAUGUAUGUGGUGGUGACUCAAGUUUUAUUCAUGUCAUGUUACUUCUUUGCUUGAUACUGUGUUAAUCUCAGAAACACUGACCUGGUGAAAGACCAGGAGGAAAGAUCACUUCUCUCUGUGGUUUCUCUGUGGAAAAGCAGGAAACAAAAAGAAGAACUGAUCCUGGGACACUUUUGACCUCAUGAACAAAAAUGUAGAAAGUCAAUAUUAACAAAUACAAGGCUCAAAAUACAGAUGACUGAUCCAAAAACUAGUCAGAAACAUACUGAAUUUUGAUUUUGAUUUUGUCCAUAACACUGAUCGCUCAUGGGUACUGUAGAGUCCAGUGAAUUCAAGAAUAUUAAACACACACUUCUAAAUGUAAAUUUACAGUGAAAAUGAAUUCAGUAAGCAGUAAAUCUGCCCAUGUAAUUACUCUUUAAACUGGAAUAUAUAUACAGGAGCAGAAUCCUCCAGACUCACCACAGAAAUAACUUGAUGAUGGACGAACAGCAGAAAUUCAUGAGCUGUGGAUGGUUUUGUUUUGUUUAACAGAAAUUGUGUCAUCCUGCACAACCCCAUUCAUCCUCCUCCUGCCAUUCAUCCUUCCAGCAGCCUCCUCUUCAUUUCACUGUCAGAUGCAUCUGUGCUUGGUAACAUCUGCAUCAACACCUGCAGACACCAGCAUCACACACAGUCUCACACACACUAUUCACACUCAGCAGUUAGCCUGUAGCACCACCUGGUGGUGAUGAUUUAAAAGUGCAGGUUUUCCUAUUCGUCCUGUCAGUUUAGGCUGAGGCACUGGGGGUUGAAUCCAGUUAGGUUUAGGUUUCAACGUUUUAACCAUAAUUUAAAACAAAUCUAACCUGUAGUUUAAAUUUGUCAGCUGUUACUGAUUAUUGAAUAUUGACCUGUAGCUACAGCCUAAAAGUGUGAUGUGCAGCAGAAGAUAGGACAUGUUAACGUACGAGUCUGGUAUUUUUCUGUAUAUUUCUUUUUAUCUAAACACAUCACUAUAAUUUAUUUCUUUUUUUAAGUCUCAAUAAUUUCUUAAACCAGCUAAUCACUGUAGUUUUUAUCAAACAAACAGGAGGAAACAGAUACUUUGUCAGGGACUAUUUUCAGCAGUGGAUUUAAAUUUAUUGAAAUGAGACAAAUCCAAGAGAGAAAAUUUAUUACAUAACAAUAUAACAGAUUAAUCCAGCGUUCACUCAGCUCAAUGAAAGCAGUAACAGUUAAUAAUAGCAAUACAGACACUGUUUCAUAAAAAAAGAAACUAUACAGAGAGAAAUGAUGAAAAUAUUAAUAGUAAUAAUAACACCUGCUUAUCUACUCAUCUACUGCCUACAUCUGUGUGUUUAUGAAUCUGGGGUAAAUUUCUUACAGUCUGAUCGGAGGAGCUACUUUUUCCCAUCAUCCACUGCAGGAAUUUAGUGCAAAGAGAAAAAAUCAGAAUAAUUUAAUCUGAAUGAACAAAUGUAGAGGAAUUUGUCUCAGUGGAAACUAAAAGUACAGCAGUAACAACAGCAAGACAACAGCAUUUCAUAUCCUUACUGGAGAAGGGUUAAAGCUCCACUCUGGCCACUAGAGGGCAGAAAGACUCCAGAUCAAGCAUUUAGAGUAAAAGCCCUGGUAUACUUCUGUACGUCAAUAAAUCAAGUUCUUUUAAGUAUUAUAUCAACAAGCAGAGAGGGCACCACAUCCAACAGAAACAGAGCAGCCUGAACUUCACUCCUGAGUACUGUCAGUCCACCUUCUGGAUGUCAGCUGGUUUAAUCCUCAUGGGGAAAAUGUCUCUGGGCUGUUUAACUCAGCUCAGCUCUUCAGAUGGAAGUUGUUUUCGAUGCCAAGCUUAUGCCAACAAAUCAGACAUUGUCCUGUUUGCAAUUUUUUUUUUUUUUUUUACAGAAACCUCUUGAGUAACUCACCACCAUCUGAAAAUCUCGUUUUUGCUGACCUCCAGUGGCAGCAAUGAUGUACAGGUGUGGCUACAGGUGCAACAGAGAGCAGCUCUGAUCACAGCCAACAGAGGCUGUCACAGGUGAAAACAGACUUGAAACUUGAAACCACAGAGGACACAGUAAAAAAACACAGUAAAAUACGGAUUAUUAGCCUGCUGUUAAGUUCCUCUUCAGAGGCACUCAAGCAAUUUAUCAUUGCACUUCUGUAAAGCAGAGCUCAAUUUUCAUAAAGACCACACACUGAACUUCAAAAUAUAAAUAUAUUAUUUAGCACUUACUUAUUACAUAGUAGCAGUUAUUCAUUGUAAAAGGUAACUGGGUAUUUUAACAACUCAUUACAUUUUGUCAUAUUUCAUUACACCUACCAGAAUCGGCACGUAUGUCCAUCUCACCUUCAAAGAUCAGCAUAAUAUUUAAACAAUGAUCCAGUUUGAUCCAGUUUGGACCAGUCAAAUUAAUAAUAUCAUUACAGCAGUCUUGAGGUCCAAAGUCAAAUAAAAAUAUGAAUUUCUGGCAAAUAAUAAACUUAACUUUAGCCAUAACUGAAUGCCAAGCAAUAAUGUAAAUGUUGUAUUUUAACUUUAUUGUGUAUAGUUUGAAAAUAUGGCAUGACAAUGCAGAUUCUAAUUUCUAAGAUUUAAUUUGGGGGUUUUCCUCUGAAUCCUGUGUGUUAUUGGCUUUUAACUCCUUUGUCUUGACCCGUCACGUGAUCACAUACGCUGACGACAUGCUCUUCUCCCUCCAUGGUUCCUUAUUGGUUUGACCCUCGUUCUGUAAGUAACUUUAUUAAUAAAUCUGUACAGGCCACAGGAAAAUACUGCUAUAAAAGGCUACUUUUUAUCUGUUGAUUGAUAUUGAUAUGCAUCAUGAUGUAUUAUAUCUGGUUUGAUAUGCACUGCUCUCUUUUAGAUUUAGUUUAGUUGCCGAGAGCAGCAUUUUUGUGUUUUUAAUAUGCGUGUGGUGCUAGUUUAACUUUUAACAUUAGCAGGGUCUGGAUUUUACCAACUAUGCCACAUUGUUUGUUUCUUCACAGGGUCACACAUUGAAGGAAAAUUCAGUCUUUUAACAUCUGAACAGUAACAGAAUUUUCAGACUCACAGUAACAACCUUAACUGGUCAGGUUUUAAGCUUUAAGUACUGCUGCCCACUGGUGAUGACAGUAACCAUGAGUGUUUAUGUCUCUGGUAACUAAAAUGUUAAUCGCCAUGUGAAAAUAAUGGUAAAACACGUAUUCUAACCUACUGCCGGAGACUAGUUUUGGCUGGAGUUCAACACUGUCACAAGCUGUGUAUUGUGUGUUUUGGGCAAUACUGACACGUUAAACUCUACUUUCCUAAUUUAACUGUCAUUCAGUUAUAUUGAAAUGGGACAAAGAUAAUCAGCACAUGCAAUUUAAUUUUACAUCAUAAAACAUAAAACUAUUAUGUUAAACCAGUCAUUUAGUCCUGUUAAUCAAACAAAGCCAAGCUAACGGUAGUGAGCUUGUUGACUGAUGUGACUUGGCUACUGUCCUGUGUCGUCAGAAAGAUUGAAUUUUCCCUUAAAUGAUCAAAUGUAAUUAUGAUUAUGAAAUGUCAUAGUCCACUGAUGUUCUAGCUCAGCCUGCACCUGUAUCAGUGUGCCAGGCGUGGGUCACUUUCUUUGUUGAAACUGGUCAAACACAACUUCUUUUGUUUUGAUACGAAGCAGAGCUGCUGUAUCCAAAUUGUAUUGAAAAUAAAACAAAGAGAGAAACGCA